AGAUAAGAAUAUUCCAUGAGACAAUACCUCAUAAAAAGUUUGUGCUUCAAUCAUCUACUGACUCUGUUGGGGUGGACAUCGAAUUUUAGGUGAAAGUGUUAAUAAGAUUCUGUAAUCCAUGAUGACGUCAAUAGGGAUAUCCGGGAAUACCAUGGAUGACCAACAGAAUGGUAAUUUAACUAAUUUGCAUGAAUAAUAGUCCUCAAAUGGUGACAUUGUUAUGUGAUUUGGGCAACGAGAGCAAGAACUUUGAGGAGGCUAUUUUAGCAACGAAAUUUGGACUCUUCAAUAUCAUCCUCUUGGCAAGUUGUAUGAUUUGGUUUACUGCUUCCCUGAUUGAAACAACAACAUCUGGAGUCAUCUUGCCCAUUGCGCAGUGUGACCUAGACUUAGACCCAAAUCGUAAGGGAUGGCUCACUUCAAUUACCUUCUUCGGAAUGAUAUUUGGGGCUACUAUAUGGGGUAUUAUUGGAGAUAUAUAUGGACGAAAAAUAAUCAUCUCCGGAGGAGUUUUUCUGCUUGGGAUAUUCAAUAUUGUCUAUGGCUUUAGCACCUCAUACUACAUGCUCGUUACUCUAAAAUUCUUUGGUGGAGUUAUUGCCAGUGGUCCAGUAGCUGCCUAUAUGGUUUACGUAUGUGAAUUUCACGGAGUUAAGUAUCGAGUUCGUGUUUUAAUGCUUAUGUCUGCCUUUAUAAGCAUCGGUGCUGUGAAUGUUAUGGUUAUUGCUUUGCUAAUUCUAACAAGACCCAUCAAUUUUACCAUUGGUUCCACCGAAUACCAUUCUUGGCAAGUAUUCUUCUGGGCAUGCAGCAUAAUUGGAUUAUCUGGUGGUUUUAUCUCUCUGUUCUUGCCAGAGAGUCCAAAAUUUCUCAUGUCACUUGGGAGAAAUGAAGAAGCACUUAGAGUUUUUCAGCGUAUUUACAGAAUAAACACGAGAAAGAGCUCAGAUUCAUAUCCCAUAAAAAGUCUAAAGGAUGAAUCCAAAAAUGCUAGCGAAAAUCAACAGAACGUGGUGUAUAUUGCAGAACAUCACGGAAAAGCCGAAAAAUCUCCUACCUCAGUUAUUUGGAAAGCUUUUUCGCAAUUUUUACCACUCUUUAGGCCACCAUACUUGGGAAAGUGCUUACUAGCAGGAGGAAUUGAAUUUUUUCUGCUUCUUGGAGCCAAUACCAUGAGAUUAUGGAUGCCCCAAGUAUUUGCCCUUCUCUCGGACUCAGACUCCAACGAUGGCAUCUGUGAGCAUAUUGUGCAGCCAGAGAUUUCAAAAUUCGAUUUUACCAAUCACACAGAUGACAAUGUUUGCCAAGUGCUCAACGAUAAAAGUAUCUACGUGAACUCGAUAGUCGUCCAAGCUGUUGGUGUCCUGGGCGUCUUCCUGGCAGUCUCUUUGGUCACCACUGUAGGAAAUAAAACCAUUCUCAUUGUGACCAGCAUGGUGGCUUCUGUGGCUACAGUGGCCAUCUACUUUGCCAAAAAUUCUGUGACCAUCGUGAUUCUGUACAGUUUGAGCGUAGGAAUAGCAUUCUCUGGUCAAGCUUCCUUCAACAGCAUCGUUCCAAAUCUCGUACCAACGGCUUUCCGCUUCACCGUAAUCAGUGUCUCGGUAACCCUGGGAAGGCUUGGUUCAAUGCUAGGGAAUCUCAUUUUUCCAAAUCUCAUGCAACUCGGAUGUUGGCAGCCUUUUAUAACAAUAGGCUUGGCUUUCUUUAUACCCGCUGUGUUGUGCUUAUUUCUUCCAAGAACUACGAAACAACCCUUAUCCUAAACCCUAUAAUUUUAAGAUAUUUAAUAAAAUUUUAAAAAUUAAAAAA